CGUGCAUGAGCUCUGGAGCUGGACAAGUGUUCAUUGGGGGUUUCGGCAUCAAAAUCGCUAGCCAGACGGGUGAAGGUAUCAGCCCUUUUUUAAUAUUUUGUCUGCCUUCCUUUCUUUUACAAAUACCCACCGAAUCCUUUCGCCGGCUUAAUCAACAUUACAGCGAAUUGAGAAAAAUUCCCGACAAUGCGGUUCCAACAGCAGUCUUUCGCCUCGGCGGCGCUCCUGGCGCUCGCCACGGCGAGCGGGCUUGCCUCUGCUGCUGCUUCGUCGUGGGGCUUCGACGACGCCAGCCUGUCGAUUGCUGCGCGCAAGGGGUCCGAGGGCAUCAAGGAGAAACUGAACCAAAAGACACCGCUAGCCACGCCCGUCGCUCUCGGCAGCGCCGACAGCCUCAAGGUCGCCCUCACAGCAAAGGACAACGGCAAAGGCAAGCGCCCGCACCAGGCGUUCGUCGUGUUGCGAGACCAAGACUCGGGCCUCGAGGCGCCGUUCCCGCUGACGGUCAAAGAGAACGGGAAGGCCGUCGUGCAGAUUAGUCAGAAGGACCUCCCCGCGCAGCUGCUCCUGGCCGGAAAGCCGCUCAAGGCGUCGGUGGUGAUCGCGUCGUUCGGUUCCGCCACGGGCCUCAACACGCCCGCCUUCGAGGUCGAGAUCCGCCUCGACCCGGCCACGCCGCUUCCGAACUACGAGAAGCCGCUGCGCUACGGCAAGAGGCCCGAGAUCCACCACAUCUUCCGCUCCGAUCCCCGCAGCCCGCCCAAGGUCAUCUCGCUCUUCUUUACCCUGGCUGUCGCCGCUACAGUGCCAGCUCUGUUCAUCGGCUGGGCUUUGCUCGGCGCAAACCUCAACCACCUCACCAAAGCCUUGGGCGCCGCGCCUCUGUCGCAUGCCUCAUUCUUUGGCUCCAUCGUGGCCAUGGAGUUUGUCUUUUUCAUGUACUACACCAGCUGGAACCUCUUCCAGACACUGCCGGCGGCUGUUGUCGUUGGCGCGGUGGCGGUUCUCAGCGGCACCAAGGCAUUGGGUGAAGUGCAGAGCAGGCGGCUUGCGGGGGAGCGCUGAGCGAAGAAAAACACGCGGAAGGUAGGAGCAAAACAAAUGUGAACUGGUGUACAUUGACACGCGGCAGGACGUGCAAAAAAUACGACAGAAAGAUGGAAGCCCGCGUUGCCGGGUGGCGAUCAUGGGUCCGAGACCUUAUAUCAUUAUCAGGGGUCAGGCGUGUGAUGGAUGGCCAUAAACACAACACAGACAGCAAAAAGCCGGGCAUUGCGAGCCCGCGUUUAGCUUCGAGCUCGGACGAUGAAUUGGAUGGCCAUGUAUCUGAGCGAGCGUUUACACAUUGCGGAUUUAUAGCAAAUAUUAGUGCUUCAAAACAAAAAAC